GGGCUUGCAAAGACUUAAUUGAAUCGGCUGAACAGACGUCAAUUCAUUGAAGUUCAGGGAAAAUGUUGGUAUCAAGAAGUCUGAGAAGAAUAUCACUGCAGCGUGUAUCAGUCAUCCUUGGACAAAUGAGGAUGUCGUCGACUGCAGGUACAGAGGAAGAUGCCCUCUUUGAGAAGAUCAAUUCAACCGGCAUCAUCACACUGAACAGACCAAAGGCCCUCAAUGCUCUGGACUUUUCUAUGGUCAAGAAAAUAACACCAAAGCUAAAAGAAUGGUGUGAGGAUCCCUCUACCUCGGUUGUUAUCAUAAAAGGCUCUGGAGACAAAGCUUUCUGUGCAGGAGGUGAUAUCAAAGCUGUAACAGAAGCAGGCAAAGCUGGUGAUCCUCUGGCUGGUGAAUUCUUCAAGAAUGAGUACAUCUUGAACCACACCAUUGGCACAAUGAAGAAACCAUACAUAGCAUUCAUCCAUGGCAUUACGAUGGGAGGGGGUGUAGGUCUCUCUGUCCAUGGGCGAUACCGAGUAGCAACCGAGAAGACACUCUUUGCUAUGCCUGAGACUGCCAUAGGACUCUUCCCUGAUGUAGGAGGGGGUUACUUCUUACCCAGGCUCGAUGGUAAACUUGGCAUCUACUUGGCUCUAACUGGCUACAGGUUGAAAGGUCGUGAUGUCCUGCAUGCUGGAGUAGCUACACACUUUGUAGAAGCUCAAAAAUUACCAGAAUUGGAGCAAGAACUGUGUAGUUUACAAUCACCUCAACAUGCUCAAGUUCAACAAGUGCUACAAAAAUUCCAUCAACAGUGUUCCAUAGAUGCAGACAAACCCUUCUCAUUGGCUCCUCAUAAAUCCAGUAUAGACAGGCUGUUUGAAGCAGACACUGUAGAAGCCAUAUUCCAGAACCUUGAGCAAGAUGGAUCAGAAUGGGCUACUAAACAACUUGAGACACUUAAAAAGAUGUCACCCACCUCAAUGAAAAUCACCUUGCGACAGCUGAUAGAGGGCGCCAAACUGACACUAGGAAACUGCCUCUCAAUGGAGUAUAGGAUUGCAGAGGGAUGCAUUAGAGGGCAUGAUUUCUACGAGGGAGUGCGAGCUGUUCUGAUUGAAAAGGACCACACCCCUAAAUGGUCGCCAGCAACGCUAGAAGAAGUCGAUGAGACCAUCGUCACAAGUCAUUUUAGACCGCUUGGCAAACAAGAACUUCUAUUUUAAUACCCCAGACUUCUUUUGUACCUGUGUGCUGCUCUGGUAUGUCUUCUAGAUUAAUUUGAGGUAAUUUUGAAUUCUGGUGUCGAAGCAAUUGAAGUUUGAGAGAAACUUUCCAAUGGUCAUUCUGGAUUGUGAAUGGUUCUCAUAAUGAAGAUUAUUUGUUAAGACUGGCAAAACAUAAACAAUUUUAUAAAACAGACUUCCCCUCACCUCUUAUUAAGAAUAUGAAAUGUGUAAAACAAGCUUCUUGUAUGGGUACAAAAUGAUGUCUCCCCCUUUUGGAUCCGUAGCAAAGCCACUGGGAUUUUCUUGGAAUCAAAUUUUGCCCCACCCCCACUUUUGACAAUCCUGGAUCAGCCCUUUCAUUGUAUGUGUACCAUUGAUUAGUAUGAUCUGCCCUAACUUUGAAGCUUUGAGUGUUCCCACAAAAUUCUGUAUUUUAUCAUUCCCAGAAUUUGAGACUACCUUGGAUUCAUCUGUAACUUAGCCAAAUUGAUGUGAAAAAAAAUCAUGAUUUCCCAUUAAUCUGAAAUGAAUUUUUGAAAAUGAUUAUCCCCUAUCUUUACAAACAAAAUCACUUGAGACAAUGGUACAUGUAGGAACUAUAUAAUACACACUACAAAGCAUGAAUACAGCAUGUAUAAUCUGUAAUUGUGUUCUUCCUGUAAUUUUUAGCAUCAAAGGCUAUUCAUGAACAAAAAGUGUUGAGAUGUCAUGGUUUGAAAGCUAUAUUUUAUGAUUCUGUAACCAAGAAGUUGACAAUUGUACAUACGAAAUGUAUAGUCUCUCGUGUAUUCAGGUCUCUUGGCCACAGUCUCUCAUCUAAGCUGAUGUGAAUGGUGUAAGAAUUAUGAGAUAAAAGAAGAAAAAAAUUAUGCCCUUGAUUCUGAAAUAUAAAGUAUUAUGUGAAUAAUUUUCAAUGAAGAAAACAAUGCAAUAAAAUGUAUUAAACAUUAUUAAGUAGAUAAAUUAGUUCAGUUUAGAUAGAUUGUCAAUAAAUUACAUUUUUAAUUGCCCA